AUGUUUAGAGUUACGUCUGUGAGUUCGAUUCUGGGUUGGGACAAACAGAUAAAUCAUUGGGGUGCACAACUAAGGCUGGGCUGGAGGCCAAUCUGUGUCCAGUUUGCACACCUUCAGAACGCAGAACGGUACACGAGCAGUAUGGCGUCCCUCACAGGAACAUAUGAAAAGGAUGGAGAGAGAGUGGUGGGUGGAACAGUGCGAUCUGACGGCAGUGUGAGACCGAUUGCCAAGGUGCGGCCUGGAUACAUUGCCAAAGAAGAUGUUCCAAAGUACAAGCCACGCGGGGCGAGAGAACGAGAUGCCAGGUUGGGCAUCGUGUCUGCUGAGAGUCCGAUCGCUAGGGUGGAGACCCAAGCAAGUGGUGCUGACGACAACAAGUCGGCUAUCAAGGCCCGAAUCCAAGCUGCGAAGGCCGAGUUUGAGAGAAAGAAGCGCGAGAAGGAGAAGGGGCCACGGAAGGAAGAGAAGCAGAUGGUGGAGGAGAGUGUGAUAUUCGACAACAGCGGCAAGAGCCCCGAUGAUAUCAGCAACAUGAUUGCCGCUGUUGAUAAUCUGGAUAUCAGGUCGACUCCAGACACAACAGCACCAACAAAAACUUCAACCACCACAAGCAAGCUACAGUCGAAACACAAAAAGAGGGAGGACAAGACGGAAAGAAGCGAUUCGACACAGAUACAGGUCGAGUCUCAGGCGGAGUCGGAAUCCAAGUCUCAGGUCGAGUCCCCGACCAAUCUCACUACCACCCCACAAAGUACUCAGAGGAUUCCUCUCAAGUCCAGACAUGCUAGAAAGGCAGAGUCACCCACAGAGGAGAAGAGCUCAAACAAUGCCAACAAAACCUCCGGGUACAUUCCUCCACACAAAAGAAAGUAA